GUUUACUUAACAGUCACUUCAUUAUGCACAACUUUGCAAGCUAAUGAGGUCCAAUGGAGAGAAAAAAAAUAUAUUAAAUGUAAAACCCUAUUACAUCAUGAUGACUUUAAUCCUAUCAACUAUAUGGAACUGUUACCAAAAGUACUACAUUUGUGCUUUUAGUACGCAUUUUUCAGCUCAUAUAGUAUUUGCUGAUUUAUGCACAACAGCAUUAGAAGACAGGACCAUUUUUUUCUCACGGUACCAUGCGCAAUGUGUCAUUUUGACUCAAAAGUGCAAGGGGAGAAAUUAAAUUCCUCCAACAAAAGUGAAACAGAAACAGAGGGCCAUGGUUCAAAAAAAGAAAAAAAGUUAGUUGAUAUGAUAAGUAUUGACGUGCCCUUACUCGAAAGAUACCCCAUUCAUCUUGUAUCCUUGUGCACCCGCAUGUAUUAAUCUGUUUCUCUGAUUGAAAGUGAACUUCCUUUUAAGGGAUUGUAUGUCAUGUUCUGGGGUUCUGCCUCCUGGUAACAUCAUUUGUUUCCACAAUCCCUUUGUGGUCACUGUUGUGUGCAGAGCCUCCUUCCCUCGCUUAGUAGCAAUUUGUGCCAACAGGUAUUUAAAUGUGGCUUCAAAAGGAGGAAAGUGCAGGACUAUAUCCUUAUUUGCUAUCUUGCUUGUUGCAUAACCUACUUCCUGUUUAUUCUCACUUGUUACCCAUUUGAUCCUCUCAUCAUCCAAGUUUUUUCUUCCCUCUGGCAUGGCUUCAGACACCUCUUUUUUUUUUUAAAUCAGCAUUCACAGGCGGAAGUGGGCCAACGAAGAACCGCGUCGACCUUCCCAGUAUCCAUCCGAAUCUCCCCUUCCGCAAGGAUGAACCCCAGGAAGGACACAGAGGCUCGGUGGAAUUCGCACUUGUCUUAGUUCAGGAACAACUGAUGCUGUAGUAGUCGCUGAAGAACCUCUCUUACUUGCCGGAUGUGGGAGUGUAAGAUAAGCUUACACAUUUCACAGAGGCCUGUGAAAUGUAUCACCUCAUGUGUCAUAAAUCUCUUUUAAUGACUCUGUUGCUGUGCAGGGAUGCGUGUGUGUGCUGUUUGUCUAUGGGAAGUUUAAGAGCUCAAGCUGACUGCAAAUUUAUGAUAGCUGCAUUCUUGUGGGUUUUUGUAACAGGAAGAACUGUGUCUACUCAGAGGACACCCGGCCUUGAGAAGAUUAACUGUCUCUGUAUAACAACUUUACUUGUCUUGUGAAACCUGCUCUCCCCCACCCUAUGUGUGGAGCUCAAUAAAAUCUGUGGUUUUGGGGAGACUCGGAGAGAGUCUCACGUGAAGGCUGAAGAAUAUGUUCUUCUUCCCCGAGUUCUCCCCAAACUGCAGUUUGGUAAAAAAUAACUCUGCCUCUGUCUCAAUCAUUUUAUCCCGGUGCCGUGAGCUUCUGGGUCCACAUUGAGCGAGAAGUCCGUGCUUUGGACCUAACAUUUUCCCUGGUGCCGAAACCCGGGAACCCAACAGCUUGACGCCUGGAACGACGCGGGAUCAACGAGACCAAGAAUCUGGUACCAGUGUCCUCCAUUGAAGGAUCGGUCGCAUCGCUGAUCCAGCGUCGGACCGGACUGUCGGGUGACGGGUCCCAACGGACCAGGGCCACGGCACUGAGGUAGGAUAAAACUUAUUUGGUCUCAUAGGAUGGUUAUAUGGUAUAACUUAACAUCUAAAAAUAAAAUAGAGCGGAAAUAAACCCAGAUUUAACAAGUAGUAAAAUUACGUUAAAAUAGGAGACUAAAAGUGGUGUGUGAGGACCGCUCCGAUACUUCCUGCCUUUUAAAACUUGUCUCUACGUGAGACACAGACAGAAUAGGUUUCUGUAAAAAGUAAAAUACGUGUAAGUCUCUAGGUGAGACCAAGCAGAAUAGGUUUCUGCAUACGCGAAGUUUCUAGGUGAAACUAAAAUAGAGUAAAAUACGUGUAAGUCUCUAGGUGAGACCAAGCAGAAUAGGUUUCUGCAUACGCGAAGUUUCUAGGUGGAACUAAAAUAGAGUGAAAUACGUGUAAGUCUCUAGGUGAGACCAAGCAGAAUAGGUUUCUGCAUACACGAAGUUUCUAGGUGAAACUAAAAUAGAGUAAAAUACGUGUAAGUCUCUAGGUGAGACCAAGCAGAAUAGGUUUCUGCAUACACGAAGUUUCUAGGUGAAACUAAAAUAGAGUAAAUGCUGCAGGACGCUGCACAAAUGAGCAGAGGAGGAGGAGGUUCGUGAGCCCCAACCACACCCGUCAAAAUUCAGAAUUUUCUAAAAAAAAAAAAAAAAAAAAAAAAAAAUCUCGCCUUAGGAGCAACAAAGGAAAAAAAAAAAAAAAGGGACAAGCAGAGACAAGAGGUGGCUGAACUUCCUGAUGUGAAAUUUAUGCAGAGACAUCAUCCGGGUAGUUGUGAGUAUUUGAGAAAAUGGGUCAAUAAAUAUGAUUUCCGACCCGAUCUUAAAGCUCCGGAGGAAAUUAAGAGGUUAAAAGCAUGCAUGAAAACUCGAUGGGAAGAGAAGGUGAAAAAGGGAAAGAAGACAGGGAAAGUUGAGAUGGAAUUAAGUAAGUUGAAAAUUUGGGAAGACCAGUGUGUUAAAAGGCAGAGAGAUAUAAAAAAAAAGAACAGAAAAAAAAGGAGAGACGAGAAAGACAAACAGGGGGGUUGAUUGCUGCCCUUGGGAUCAAGUCAGAUGAAGAAACAACCGCGCCACAGAGAAGAUCAGAAACAGGAAACGCACACCAGCAAGCUGCAAGCACAAGAGGAAGUGAAACCACCCAAGCAGUGGGCCAGAGCCCAGCAGAAGGCGGGGCUGAAGAGGAAGAAGAAGAUUGGAGAGAGGCAACAGAUCCUGCAGCCCCUGCAUUCUCGCCGAUCACCACCAGAGGGGGACGCCGGAGAGCUGAUGAGAUAAAAGUGAAGAUCUACCCCAGCUUAUCUGAUUGGCAGGAGCAGACCCCAGCAAGGAAACAACGCCACCCAGCGGGGCCAAGUGGAACUACAAGUGGAGCUGCAGAGAUGUACCCACUGUAUGCUGUUGCCAAUCCUCAUUAUGUGAUGGAUGGAGAUAACGAACCCACCAUCCUAGUGCCAAGACCAUGGAGAGCAACUGAAUGUUCUGAAGCCUGUACAGGCCUGGGGGAUCCAGAGACAGACCCAACUUCCUGGUGUUCUAAUUUCAGAGAACUAAAAAGCUCUUUUCACCUUAAUGGGACUGAAGUGGAGACAGCAUUCAAGACAGCGCUGAAACAUCGUUGGGGAAGAGUGAGAGGAAAUUUUAACCCCCGUGGAGGAAACAAUGGACCAAUCCUACGCCCAGAUGACCCUCUCCUGACUACCAGGAUGGAUGAAGUACUGGAGCGAGUAAUGACAGCUUACCAGAAGCCACCAGAUUACAGCAAAAUCAGACAGUGCCGCCAGAAACCAGAAGAAUCAGUCCAUGAUUUCAAGAUCAGACUGGAAGGAAUAUUCAAAACCAACAGUGGGCUGCCUGAAGAUGCUAACGACAAUGGUCCCUACCACAGCCAGCUAAAACAAUGCCUUAUGGACGGUUUCCAACCAGACAUCAGAAGGGAAUGGACAGCACAACAGCCAUGGCAGCGGUGACUGCAGCCAUAAGAGGAAUGGCGACGUCUACUGAGACACACGAGUCCUCUGAGGUGUACGCUAUGCAAAGAGAAGGAGAAAGGAGAGGUCAAAGAAGAGGUCAAGGUCAACAAAAAGGGGGACCAAGCCUGAAGUGCUACAACUGUGGGAAACCAGGACACCUGACUAGAGAAUGCAGGAGUCCCAAGAAGUGUUUCAGCUACCAGAAAGAGGGACAAAUGACACGUGAAUGCCCCCUCCCGGACAGCCGGAAGGGAGGGAGCAACCGAGAACCACCAAGAGACCCCAAAUUCAAUCCACAAUAUGAUCAAUGACUAUUAGAGGGAGAAGAAGAUGAAAGUGAUGAGCCAGAAGAACCACCAGACCCGGAGGAAGCAUCAUCAAUCCAAGUUUUCGACCUCUCCAUCUUAAAUCUGGAAGACCGCUUAAGACCCAAACCAUUUCGGUGGCUCAAAGUUGGGCCAUUUAAAAAACCAACAAAAUUUUUAUGUGACACUGGAGCAGACCAUUCGGUCCUGAUAGAUCCAGUUAAGGGAGUAAAAGCUUCCAGAAGACAAAUCAUAGUGAUAGGAGCUGGAGGCCUAGCACAACGCAAACUAUGGUCUCACCCGGUGUUGGUAGAGGAUGAAGAUGGCCAACAAAUUGAAACCAAGUUUGUUAUGAGCAACACCUGCCCUGUGAAUCUAAUGGGCAGAGACCUAUUGACAGCACUGAGAAUAAACCUGAUUGCCACGGAAGAUGGGAUCAAACCAAUCAAAACUAUGGAACAGAUGGACGCCUGUGUCAGCCAAGGAAACGGACCACCGGAUGAAUUUUAUUCACUGGACCUACACAACGUUGGUCCAACCUCAGUUGUCCGUGACCUAGAAAGAACUGCAACACAGAUGACAGACGAAGAACAACACAGGCUAUGCAGUGGUAACAGAAGAGGCAAUACUCAAAGCGGGAAAGCUCCCUGGCAACUGGUCAGCGCAGGCAGCAGAAAUCGUGGCACUCACAGAAGCAUGCAAACUCUUCCAAGGUCAAGAGGUCACGAUAUAUACGGACAGCCAAUAUGCCUAUUCAACGCUCCACGUCUUUGCUGCACAAUGGGCCAGGAGAGGCAUGCAAACAUCAAGUGGAAAACCAGUCCAGCAUGCUGAUCUGCUCAAAGCCUUACUCCAAGCAGUUCUACUCCCAAGGAGAAUUGCUGUCUGUAAGUGCUAAGCCCACACGAAAGCCACAGAUCCAGUCUCCCAAGGGAAUGCUAAAGCUGACCAAGCAGCAAAACAAGCAGCGAUGGGAACCAGCCACACCCAUGUUCAAGAAGAAGCAGACAGCACAGAUGAAGAUAAGUGUGAACGAACGACACAUCCUUCGCAGAAGCAAGACAUCAUCCCUCUCAAAGUUCUGAAGGACAUGCAGGACAAUGCCCCGCCGAAUGAAAAGCAACAGUGGACUGCAGCAGGAGCAAAAAUGGACGGCCUGGGCAUUUACAGAGUUUUGGACAAACCCUGCCUCCCCCGGAGUCUUUUUCAAGCAGUGGCUAAAUUGAGUCAUGGGCCAAGCCAUGUCUCAACAGGGGGGAUGGUGGGGAUAGUAGAAAAUAACUUCUACUGUACUAAAGGCCUCAUUACCUAUUUUAAAAAUUUUUGCAGAUCGUGCCUCACAUGCUGCAAACACAAUGCUCAGGGAAAUGUCAGACCUACAAGAGGGAAGUGCUCACAAGGGUCUUACCCAUUUGAAAUCAUCCACAUGGAUUUCAUAGAACUGAACAGAUCCGGUCCACACAAAUACUGCUUAGUAAUAGUGGACUCAUUCUCAAAAUGGGUAGAAAUCUUCCCAGCAAAAAAGCCAGAUGCACUGACAGUAGCAAAAGCUAUAUGUAAAAACAUCAUCCCAGAUCACGGUAUUCCAAGAGUUAUUUGGAGUGACAAUGGGUCACAUUUUGUUAACCAAAUUAUUGGAGAAAUGGCCCAACAUCUAGGGAUCAGCCUAAAACAUCACUGUGCUUAUCAUCCACAGACUGCGGGACUAGUGGAGAGAACUAAUGGCACUAUCAAACUUAGACUCAAAAAGACCAUGGAAGAAACAGGGAAACCAUGGCCAGAGUGUUUGCCCUUAGUCAAAACAUACAUGAGAAUAGUUCCAACAGUAACAGGCAUCACACCUUUUGAAGCAGUAAAAGGAAGACCUUUUCAUCUUCCAUUAUGGGAAGCGUCAGGAGUACAGGAGGGAAAAGGGGAACUUGACCCCAUGACAGACUGGCUGCAUAGACUUUUCCAAAAUGACAAUGUGAAAAGAACAAAUGAUCUGCCAGGUCCUUCUCUCCCUUCCACACAGGAAUCGCUGACUCCAGGAGACCAGGUGCUGAUAAAGGUCAUCAAGAGGAAGUGCUGGUCCAGCCUGAGGUGGGAAGGCCCAUUCACAGUGCUCCUGACCACACCCACAGCCGUCAAAAUCGCGGAGAGAGAGACGUGGAUUCACCAGUCCCACACCAAAAAGGUCCAUCCUGUCACUUAAAGCAGCUACUAUGGUUGCGACCCGGUAUAAAUACUGACUGAUUUCCAACUGUCUACGGGUGCGGUACUGAGAACCAAACCCCACCGGUGAGGACAUGUGCUAGUAACCUCUGUCCUCCGCUUUCUUUCCCUCUUUAUUUAGGUUUACUGUGUUCCCUGCCAUUUUUUAUUUGAUUCCCUUCUCAGCCAGGCCAUGAGGCUGUCGCUCCAAGCGGAGGGCAGGGGAGGAAUUUUUCCCUAUUAAGAGGGUUUUCGCCUCCCCCUGACUGGGUACCUAUGUUGUGCAUUAUUAUGAUGUUGUGCUCUAAAACCUGUUAUAGGACUGAGCUCAAUUGAUGUUCCAAAAAUCCACAACAUGGGGGAAAUGUAAGAUAAGCUUACACAUUUCACAGAGGCCUGUGAAAUGUAUCACCUCAUGUGUCAUAAAUAUCUUUUAAUGACUCUGUUGCUGUGCAGGGAUGCGUGUGUGUGCUGUUUGUCUAUGGGAAGUUUAAGAGCUCAAGGUGACUGCAAAUUUAUGAUAGCUGCAUUCUUGUGGGUUUUUGUAACAGGAAGAACUGUGUCUACUCAGAGGACACCCGGCCUUGAGAAGAUUAACUGUCUCUGUAUAACAACUUUACUUGUCUUGUGAAACCUGCUCUCCCCCACCCUAUGUGUGGAGCUCAAUAAAAUGUGUGGUUUUGGGGAGACUCGGAGAGAGUCUCACGUGAAGGCUGAAGAAUAUGUUCUUCU